AUGGGGGAUGAUUACGAAACCGCACCCACUGUCGGGCUGGUGGACGACGCGGAGUAUUGCAACGCGACCAACCGGACGGGCGAUGGGGACGCUUGUGGGGCUUUCGCGGGUCAUCUGAUCAACGGCUAUCUAAUGCCGUUGCUGGUCGUCAUCACGGUAGUGGCAAACACUCUGGUCAUCAUAGUGCUCUCCAAGCGUCACAUGCGAACACCGACGAACAUGGUGCUGCUCGCCAUGGCCGUAGCGGACAUGCUGAAGCUCAUCUUCCCGGCCCCAUGGUUCUUCUACAAGUACACCCUGGACAAUGCUUACAAGCCCCUGCAACCCGUGGCAGCGUGCUACGUGGCAGAGGUGAUGCAGAAUGUGUUCCCGGUCCUGUUUCACACAGCGAGCAUUUGGUUGACCGUGGCACUGGCGGCGCAGAGGUAUAUUUAUGUUUGUCAUCCGACUGCGGCGCGGACGUGGUGCACGAUGCCGAAAGUCCGAAUGGCCGUCAUUGGGAUCUUUGUCUGCGCAUUCCUGCACCAGUCGACGCGAUUCGUGGACUUCAAGAAGGCGGAAGUGAACAGGCAACGGCUCAUCAAAGACAACAAACCCGAGUCUAGGAAAAUGCGGGACUCGCAGUCCACGACGUUUAUGCUGAACAUAGUCGUCACUGUGUUCCUGGUGGUGGAAAUCCCACUCGGGGUCGUCACGACACUGCACAUCAUCGUGAACAUGUUGUCGGUGCCCAUCAUGGAUUACAACGUGGCCAACUGCCUCAUCCUCUGCAUGAACUGCACCAUCGCCGCUUCGCACCCCAUCUACUUCGCCAUUUAUUGCGGCAUGUCGCGCCAAUUCCGCCAAACUUUCUCUGAACUUUUCAUCGCGGGGUUUUCGGGAUCCUCGGCCGGGAACGGGGCCAGUGCUCGGAACUACUCUGUAGCCAACGGUGGAUGA